AUGCAAUUGAUUAAACAGAUUUCUUGUGUCUUAGCUGCCUCGGUAGCUAUUGUCGAAGCUGUUUCUCCAAGACAAGCUAAAUCCAAUUACUAUGAGCGUCUCUUAGCUAAGAGAAACCCAGCGUUGUUUGCUAAAAGAGAUACUGCUUGUUCACCAUCCACUCCUCAAGAAGCUAUUGCACCAAAGCAAAAUAUUUGGGCUGAUUUAAAUGAAGGUGAAGCUCAAACUGUCUUCGAUAUUUUGGAAGGUGAAUUCAAUUUGACCAAACUUGAAGAUGCGUCCCCUUAUGAUAACUAUUUAAUGUGGAUUGAAGUUUUACGUCCAAAUAAGACUGAAGCCAUUGCUUAUUUAGAUUACGACGGCCCAUUACCUGAAAGAUAUGCUCGUGCUACAUUAUUCCUUGGUACUGAAGAAUACACAAGUGAAGAAUAUCCAAAUGGUUAUUGGCAAGAAUUGCAAAUUGGUCCAUUAAAUACCAAUGCCACACCAGCUGUUAGAGAUUUGGAGUACUUGUACAGCAAAUCAAAAGUUGCUUAUGAAGUUGGUUUCAAAGAUCAAUUUAGAUGGGGUAGUGCACAGACUAUCUACAAGAAGGAAUUCCUCUCAGACACAAUGUUACCAGUUUUGGUGGAUUUGGUUGGUGAAGAAAUGAAGUUAUUUGGUCAAGAAGGUGCUCCAAUUGAAUGUUGGGCUACUGAUCCAUUGGAGUACAACAAGGAAACUGGAAGAACUACCAGUUGGGCCACAGUCUUUCUUGAUUACCAAGGUGCUGGUGACAUUACACCGUCAGGUCUUUUCAUCAAUGUGGAUAUCACUGGGAGAAAUGCUUCAGAGUUCUUUGUUACCAAGUGGGUUUAUAAUAACAUUGCUUAUAAUUCAAGUGAAGAAUUUAGAAAAGCCUGGGAAUCUGAAUCAUUUGUUAAAUUACCGAAAAUUGACUCUUCAAAGUUGAACAGUACUGAUUCAUUUGUUUACCUCGCUCAACAAGGUGCUGCCAGAGAAUUAGAUGAAAAAUUGGCUCCAAUUAAUGUUGAUCCACAAGGUAGAAGAUGGAAAUAUAGUGAAGAGCAAAGAUAUUUCACUUGGAUGGACUGGGAAUUUUAUGUUGCUUGGUCAAGAGAUGUUGGUAUUACUUUAUACGAUUUGAAAUUCAAAGGUCAAAGAAUUGCAUUCGAAAUUGGUUUGCAAGAAGCUAUUGCAGAAUACGCAGGUGAUGAUCCUUUCCAAGCUCAUACUACUUACUUUGAUAGAUCAUAUGGUUUUGGUAAUAAUGCUUUUGGCUUGAUGCCAGGUUUUGACUGUCCUUAUAACGCUGAAAUGUUUAACGUUUCAUGGCACUCAAUGGGUGAUAACAAUUAUCAAAACAACUCUUAUUGUGCUUUUGAAUUUGCUGAAGAUUCCCCAUUAGCUAGACACACUGCUUCUGAAUAUGCUGGUGUUACCAAAAACCCAACUUUCAACUUGAGAACUAUUAGCACAAUUGGUAAUUAUGAUUACAACUUUUUGUAUAAAUUUUAUUUGGAUGGUACUUUUGAAGUUUCAGUCAGAGCUGCAGGUUUCAUUCAAGGUGCCUAUUAUAAUGAAGAAACUGGCUCACCAUUUGGUUACAGAAUUAACAAAGUCUUGUCAGGUUCAUUCCAUGACCAUGUUUUGAAUUUCAAAGCUGAUUUUGAUAUUGCUGGUCAAAAGAAUAGAGUUACAAACACAGCUUUGAAAUCAACCAAUUUCACUUUCCCAUGGGAUCCAGAAACUGUUUAUUCAACCAAGUCCAAAGAAAGAUCUGUUGUGGAAGAUGAAACUUACCUGAACUGGGCUGAUGCUGGUGGUGUUUUAUUGAUCGAAUCUGCUGAACAAAAUAAUACAUGGAACAAUCCAAAAGCUUAUAGAGUUAUUUUUCCAGGUGGUGAUGCUAGAAGAAUUGCUCAAAACACCAAGACUAUUGGUGUCAAUGCUGAAUGGGCCAACCAUGAUUUAACUUUCACCAAACAAAAGGAUACUGAAGUGUUUUCCUCCCAUGUGUUUGAUGCUCAAGAUUUACAAGAUCCAAUUGUUAAUUUUGGUAGUUAUGUUGAUGGUGAAAGUAUUGAUGGUGAAGAUUUAGUCUGUUGGUUCAACUUGGCUUUACACCAUUUACCAAAUACUCAGGAUAUUCCAAACACUAUCUUCUCAACUGCUGAAUCUGGAAUUAUCUUCACUCCUUUCAAUUACUUUGAUACUGAACAGUCAAGAGAUACUUUACAACAAUUGUACUAUGAGUAUGAAGACUCUGAAUGGAACUUCCACGGUGUUGAUGUCAGUCCACAAUGUGAAUUGGAAGUUCCAGAGCUGGACUUUUCAGGUAUUAAAUAUGAAGGUAUGGCUAUUGGUAAAGAUACUACCAAUAUUCCAUCUCCAUGA